AUGAAGUUUAUUGUCUUUGUAAUGUCCACCUUGGUGAUUUUGAGUCUGACUUACCAACUGGAGGGACGAAGGCAGAUCUAUUGCCUGUGGAGCACCAAAAGGACCUGCUCCAAAACCACUCCCAGAUGCAUUCGUGUUCAAACUGGCGUUGAUGGCAAUAAUGCUGCCAUCUAUUCAUGCAAAUACUACCAGAACGAUUGUAAAUAUCUUCUGGAUAGCUGCAAGGGUAACACAAUUUAUGGCCAACUUGGAAUGGUGGCUGAUGUACUCACACAAUGUAUAAAUAAUAAUAUCCCAAUUGGAGGAACUGGAACUUGCACAUAA